CCAGAACGGUUUGGAACUUCUUCUGAGUCUGAGAGGAGACAAAUCGUGGAUGAUGCAGUUCCCCAGAAUACGAAGAGGUCAACUGGCACUUGGGUAACUGCAUUCAAUGUCUAUUGUGGCGAUCCGAUCGAUGUUUCAACAGUUUCAGAAGAAACUCUGGCCAAAAAACUCGAAGGAUUUUAUGCAGAUGCCCGAAGGCAGGACGGGACCACCUACCAACGGGCAAGCUUGAUUUCGGCGAGAGGUGCCCUGCAACGUCAUGUUGCCAGUGCAGGCAGGACGUUCAACAUUGCAACGGGUCCAUGUUUCAAGAGAGCUAAUUCAGUGCUCAAUGGCGUGUUGAAGAUGAACAAACGCGAGGGCAAGGAGGACGCAGUAGUCCACAAGGAAUCGCUCACUGCUGAAGACUGGGAUCGUCUUCAGACGUACUUCACGGACGUCGAAACGUCUAAUGAUCCGGUUCUAUUAGCAAGGUAUGUCUGGUUCACGGUUACUUCACAGUUCUGUCUGCGUGGUCGUGAAGUUCAAGCGCAAAUGUGCAAAUCCGACCUCUCGUUCCAAACUGAUGAUUGCGGCAAGCCAUAUAUUACGCUGUCCAAGGAUUUUGCAUCGAAGAAUCAUCAGGGUGGGCUAGAUGGUUCUGCUUUCACCUCGGCAGGCCGGAUUCAAGACGAAACGCAAGUGAAGGUCCUUCAACGCUAUCUGAAGAUAAUCAACCCGAAUUGUGAGCGGCUUUUCCAGCGAGCCAACCUAUCAAGAUCCGGCACCGAUAAGGUAUGCUUAUUCAUGAAUAUGCCUCUUUCCCACAAUUUGCUUGGUACCAUGAUGGCCAAGAUUAGUGAAGCUGCUUCUUUAUCUCGUACAUACACGAAUCAUUGUGUUAGAGCCACUGCUAUCUGGCGUAUGAAAGCAAACAACGUAGAUGAUCGGAAAAUUUGCUCUGUUUCUGGCCAUAAGAGCGCAUCAUCAUUGCAAUCCUAUGACCGUGUUUCCAAUUCUGAUGCUAAGGCAAUGUCAAGUGCAAUUUCUGGUAAUAGUGUUGCUUCAAGCAAAGUAGACUGCCCUGCUGAAUCUUUGCCACUGGCUGUUUCUAGUCCAGAACCAGAUGUAGACCUUCCUUGUGUAGAUGACAAGAAAUCUCAGGCUGGUUUUGUUUUGAAAGACUGCCAGAAUAUCACAUUCAAUGUUCAAAAUUCUUGGUUGCAACCAAGAAAGCGCUCAUAUCCGUUUUCUUUGAAGCUUAACAAGAAGGCUAGGAAGUGAUUUUUCUGCCAUUGCUUGCUCUUUUCUUAGCUUAGCUCGUGCUUCUGCUGCUUUGCUGUUGCUGGAUUUUGUAUGUGGUGCUCGCUCAUCUUUCAGCAUUAUUUCCAUAAUUUCCUAAAAAGGAGUCAAAUAUAAGCAGUCAAAUAUAAGCAGUCAAAUAUAUUCCAUAUUUGACUACUUAGUCAAAUAUGCAAUAUAUUUGACUGCUUAGGUAUCA